GGCGCUCAUUGGUCGACAGGGGUUUGUUUUGCAGUCUUUACACUUCCUCCUCUGCUGUGUUUUCAUAACAAACUCGAUAUUUCUCCCGCCGUGGUAGUUGUACACUUAUCUUGUCAGCUUGCCAGCAUUGUUGGAUUCCCGCUCCUGUUUUAACCAAAAGGACGAGAAGGAUCUUUGAAAGCUGGUUCAGAUUUAAAGAAGAGAAAACGGUUAAACAGGCUUCGCUGCAAAAAAAUAGGCAGUCGGUGUUGUCGUUAUUGUCCGAGCCGUCAGCGCGUGGUCGGCUGUUGGACUGAGUUGACCUGUCCACUAGACACGCUGGUUCUCUGUGUAGACUGUGAAGCGCUUCGGUGAUAUCAGACAUGGUGAAGCUGACAAAGGCCAAAACAUUCCAGGCUUACCUGGACUCCUGCCACCGUCGUUACAGCUGUGUGCACUGCCGCGCUCAUCUGGCCAACCAUGACGAUCUUAUCUCCAAGUCUUUCCAAGGCAGCCAGGGUCGAGCUUACCUCUUCAACUCUGUAGUGAACGUGGGCUGUGGUCCUGCGGAGGAGAGGCUGCUGCUCACAGGACUUCAUGCAGUGGCUGACAUCUACUGUGAAAACUGUCACACCACACUGGGUUGGAAAUAUGAACAGGCUUUUGAGCUGAGCCAGAAGUACAAGGAGGGGAAGUACAUCAUCGAGCUGUCCCACAUGAUAAAGGACAACGGGUGGGACUGAGGGGAAAUUGUCAUCUUUUCUCAUGACUUUUUCAAAAGUUGCAUCCCCUUGACUUAAAAGGGUUCCAGUGUAGCUUCAUCAGCCCACAUUCAAGCCAUUGCUGUACCACGCUUUCACUUCGUACGGCUUUGCCAAGAAUAGCAUGAUGCCUUAUCUUUCUCUGUUCUUCAUGUUUUUCCAGCAACCACAACAUCACAUUUGCUGAUACUGCUAUUCCAUUUGCUAGUUGUGCUGGGACAUGGACUGAAUGAGUGAAGGGUUUGUGUGAAAGACUGGGAGAUUUAGUCACACGUGCGUGUGUGCAUGUUGGGUUUUUUUUAAGCAUGUUUGAGUGAUGAAAGCCUCGGCAACCACUAAACAGUCUCUGUGUUGUGCUGAAGUGCAAGUCACUUAAUUUGACUUCUAAGACAGUGGAAGCUGGUAUUUGGCCUUUUCUUUUGAGUUUAAGGUUCACAUUUAUACUAUCUGGCCCAAACGCUGAAGUGUUUAGACUUGUUUAACCAACACAUCAUUUACAAGUGAUGCAAGGAUGUAAUGCUUAGAGCAGUGGGCGGGUUUUUUUGUUUUUUUGUUUUAAUUUUUUGUAAGUGAAAUUCCUGUUUUUUAUGGUGCAAUCAGUAAUACUCGUUCAUAUCGUGCCAAGGGCAGUCAGGGUGGUGAGUUAGCCACACAAGAGUAUCCUGAAAGAAUUCUUAGAUGUGGAGUUAGAGUAUUGUCUGAUUGUAAGUAUACAUUUUAGUGUGUGCGUGCGUGUGUGUGCAUACUGAGAUGUCUUAAGAUGAACAGUGUUGGAAAUUAAUUUGGGGUUUGACCUCUCUAGUUUCCACUGCACAGUUGGGAUGUCUUUACUUUUACUUAGUGCUGAUGAGAUUUAACCUUUGUGUUUGUGUAUGGCCUAACACUGAGCUGCCCUUACAGAUAUGUUUAAUCAUGUUAGAGCAACAUGUGUUUAGGAUUAUGUAGCAUAUUUAUGGUGAUUUUUAAUGUUUUGCUUCUUUCAUUAAACUGUAUCAUUUGAACCUGAACUUUCAUUAAAAUACAGUGUGUAUGUAACAUGCUUAA